AUGACGGAACCAGCAGAAAGAAUCAGACUUCAUAUUUCCCCUCUCACCCCCGACAUUCUCCCCGCGGUGCUACCAGCAUCCAUCCGAUCAACCGCUACCGAUAUCUCCUACCAUACCAUCUCUACCUUCCCCGAGAACAGUUACGGAUACGUCACUCUCUCCAAGAUGGACGCUGAAAAAAUUAAGAAGAAGCUUAAUGGAUCGAUCCUGAAGGGAAAGAAAUUCAAGGUUGACACAGCUCGCCCGUCCAAACGACACCUGGAAAAAGAAGAUGCCGAACCAGAAGCUCCCAAGGAGAAGAAGAAGUCGAAGAAGCGCAAGGUCGAAGACGAGACUCUGGAAGGAUAUGAACUUCCCUCCGAUCGGAAAGUGAAGAGAGGCUGGACUGAGCCAAAAGCAGCCAAGGAGAAGCGCAAGUAUGAGGACAAAAAAAAGAGCAAAUCCGACAAGAAGGAAAAACUCCAAGCCAAGUCCAAAUACACCGAGAAGUCCGAGUGUCUAUUCCGCACAAAAAUCCCACGCAACCGGGCCUCCGAUGCCGCUGCCGACGACAAGAAAGCCAAGAAGCAAAAAGGUUCUGAGGAUGUGGUGCACGAAUUUGCCAAAGCAACCACUUACCCCAGCUUCCUCCGCUCUACAGGAGAUGAUAGCGCAAAGACAGCUACAUUCGACGAAGAGAAGGGUUGGGUGGACACUACAGGAAAUGUGAAGGAACCGGUCAGCGAGAAGGCUCGGAAGAAGGAUUAUCGGCCUGGCAAGGUUCCGGGAGUUAAAGAGAAGCGACCGGUCCUCAAGGUCAAAGCACAGGAUCCCGAGUCUUCUGCUGAGUCUGAAGACUGGACAUCAUCAAGUGGUUCUUCGGGCGAAGAUUCAGAUUCAGAUUCAGACUCAGACUCAGACUCCGAGAGUAAAGAUGAAGAUCAGAACGAGGCCAGCGGCUCCGACGACUCUGAGUCCGAGUCUGUCGAAGAAGAAGCGACUCCCAACGACAAAGAAUCUUCACCGGAGAGCACAAAAAACACCGAUGCCCCCACGACUACCGCAACUGAAUCGAACCCUGAGCCCGCCAGUGAACCCGCCCAAGAUGCCAAGGAGGACUCACCCCAAGAACCCAAGGAAGUCCACCCUUUAGAAGCUCUCUUCAAACGCUCCGCCCCCAAAGCAUCUGAAGAACAAGCACCACCAGCCACCGAGGCUGGCUUCAGCUUCUUUGGCAACAACGACGAUAUUGAAUCUGAAGAUGAGUCUAGACCUGAGCUGCAAGCUCCUUUUACUCCCUUCGGCAAGAGGGAUCUACAGGAUCGCGGUAUGCGGAGUGCAGCUCCCACUCCGGACACAGCUGCCGCUAGUCGACACAUGCAGUGGGAUGAGGACGAAGACAUGGACGAUGAAGAAGCUAUGAUUGAUACCCCAGUCUCAAAACCCCUUGGCACGGAGGGUUCUGAUGAGACCGAAUUUGCGAAAUGGUUCUGGGAGAACCGAGGUGAUAACAAUCGGGCAUGGAAAAAGAGGCGGCGUGAUGCAGCCAAGGAGCAGAGACAGAGAGAGAACCGGAAGAAGGGAACCAAGGGAAGGUCAUAA